UCAUACAUGUCAUAGUGUUGUCGCUCCGAAAAUAAUCGCACAAAUAAAUAGAUACAAGGCAAGGUUCGUUAAAAAUUACUAUUAAAUGUGAGUACGAAGGUGCCGCGAAGUGUUGAAAUUAGUCACCGCCACACAACUAUUGGAUUUGACAAAAACACGGACAAAAACACGGACGAAAACAAACCAACAGUAUUUGGAGGUUAGAAUAUUGUUAUAACCAGAAAGCACACACACUAACGUAAAACUACUGAGAGCCUGUCAAAGUCACCUCGUACGCAACUAUCAACGUCAGUACAGUGCUGCCAAGGCUAUAAACUAAAAUAACCUUAAAUAAUACGUUCCAUUCCACGCAAAUAUGGAUGAACAAUUUGAACUAUUCUUCGAAAAAAUUAAAACUGAAAUGAAGAACCAAUCAGAUUCUAUAACAAGUACUAUUAUGGAAAAAAAUGGUGAAAAAUUAGAACCUGUGAUAGAAGAAAACAAAAAAUUAAGAAUUAAAGUUGAGCUUUUGGAAAAAAAGAUAGAAACUUUAGAGAGAGACAAAAAAAACAACAAUAUAAUAGUCCACGGGCUGAAAGAGGGAGAAAAGACUACAGAGCAACUGCUUAAAAAUACUAAGGAAGUAUUUUUGAAAACAUUAAAUAUAAAUAUUCAAGAUUGUGAAAUAAACAAGAUUUAUCGUAUAGGGAAAGAAAUCAAAGGUAACAAACCUAGGCCGACACUCUUAUCCUUUGUUAGUGGAUUGAAAAAAAACGAGAUAUUAAGGAAUAAGAAGAAGUCGAAGGAAAUAACAUUCACAGAAGACUACUCUAAAGAUAUUUUAGAAAAGAGGAAAGCACUAAUACCACAAUUAACAGAAGAAAGGAAUAAAGGCAAAAUCGCUUACCUAAAAUACGAUCAACUCAUAGUAAAGGAAAAAUCAAACACAUAUUAUGAGAAAAGAAAAAGGGAGGUAUCUACUUCUCCGCAAUACUCUCAGCCAAAAAAACAACAAAUUUCAUCUUCAUCGAAGGAGAUAGUGAACGUAUAUGACAUGAUGAGAGCUAGGUCCAACUCUCUUACCUCUACAACCUGUUCAAGAGACAAAAAAUCAUAGCAAUUGGAUAUCGGCGAACGG